UAAGAACAGCCCUUGGCCGUGGUAUAUUGGCAAUAUACCACACUCCCUCGUGCCUUAUCGCUUUAAUAUGUACUACACAUUAUUUACACCUGCUAAGAGACCCACUGUAGAGUAUCACAGAAAACAUGUUUCUUCGAGGGACCAGAUUUUUCCAUGAACCGCUUGACCUCAACAUGAGGUCAAGUGUAUACAUUUCUUUCGUUUACAGAAGACCCAUAUCAAGAUCCAAACAGGGAGCCGUAGCCAUGCAUUCUAGCGCAUUAUAGAGGAUCACAUGUUGAGUAUUCUACAUCACAGCCAAUCAACCUAUAAACAUAGACCAAUGAAUGAUGGACGGUGAGAAUAUGGAGCUUGUUGGUGUUACACACGUUUUGGACGCCGUCACGUUUUGGGCGCAGAAUGUCAAGGACGAUCAAGCCAUUGACAACAUAAGAAAAGCCUUGGCAGACAAAUGCCCAACAGCCCCGAGGGUACUUGGAACUCCCAGUCCUCAGAAGAUUUAUGGGGCAGUCUUCUCUGAGGACAGCUGUUGGUACAGGUGCAAGGUUCUGCAGCAGACUGAUCAUUUUCACGUGUCCUACAUUGACUAUGGGAACACAGAGUUUGUCAGUCGGUCAGCUCUGGUGGAGCUGCCAGGGGAUCUACAGGCACCUUGUCUGGCCAAGAAGUACAAGUUCCAGGGCUUCAAUGUGUCCACUGACCAAGACUCAGCACAUUUCCUGCAGGUAAAGGCCUUCCUUCAGAAUCUGAUCUAUGGGAAGAAGGUCCCAUUGCCAGAAGCCUCAGCGGGUUCUGCAUGCCCAAACCUGGACAUCUUUGACCAGAGUCCCCUUUCAAUGAAGGAGAAGAGCAAGGCCACAGCCCAGCAUGCUGCCAACCUAAUGAAGAAGACGAUGGACCAGGAGCUGGUGGAGGAGAACCAGAGGCUGAAGGCAGAACGAGAGACCCAGCGCAGGGAGGACCAGCUGAGAGACAGCCUCUCAGAGCUCCAGAAGUUGAAAGAGGAGACUGCUAAUUAUGCUAAAGAGGCAGAGAGAUGGAAGGUGGAGAGGAACACACUCCAGAACCAAUCAGAGCAGCUGGAGACUGACCUGCAAGUUGCCAAACAGGAAGUGCAGGCUCUGAGGGGACAGUUAAAGAAGAAGGAGAAGCAAGUGGAAAAGCUCCUGGACUCAGCAGUGGCUGAACGGUUCUGUCGACUGGCUGAAGGAGUCGAUUCUCUGAGAGGAUUAAGAGAGAGAAACCCAGGUAACAUGGAUAGCGACAGCCUUACGGAGUCAAUCAACAUUGUCAUAAACAACAGCAUCUCUGCCCCGGUUGCCAUGGAGAAGUUGGAGCCGGCAUGGAGAGAUUACAGCCUGGCUCAGGAGAAACUCAAGGCCUGUCAGACGAAGGAGCAGCUUGGGGAUCUGAUAGACAACCGGAAUAAGGUGCGAGGUGUUCUGACUGCCACUGUAGAGUCCUUCCUUCAGGAGGCUGAGUGUUUGCCAGUCAGACAACGCAUGGACAAACUAGAGGAGGUGAGCUCCUCCCUGAGUGCAGAGUUUGGUCCAGCCUCUAUGGAGGGGGAUGUUGGAGAGCAGGCCUUUGAGCAGUACAGCCAGUGGAGGACUCAGAGGAGUCAGCUCACCAGCUCUGUCAGAGACGGGACGGACAAGGCCCUCCAGGCCCUGUGUACCUGGUCGGAGAACAUUGGCAAGUUUUUCUGCCUGUCAGCUAACACAGUGGUGGGAGUGAAUGACAUCGUGGACGGAGUGAAUGAGCUGCUGAAGCAGGCAGAGAACAACGUGGCCAAGGAGCUGGACUGUCCCCUGUCAGUCGGGGAGCAGAACAACCAUGAGACCAAGGCAGUGUCCAACGCUUUCCACAAAGUCAUGCAGCACAUUCAGAGUGAGCAGAGUCUGCUGAGGGACAUUAUGGAGAAAUAUCUGCUCAACACCAAGUUUAAGGGUGAGAUGCUACAGUGGCAGAAUGCUAGCCCGACUCCAGACUCUCUGUUCUCUGUGAAGAAACGUAUCCGCAGCCUGAGGGCUCAGCUGAGGUGGAGACAGGUGGAGGAGGCCAGUCUGGAGGAGGCUGAAGACUUUGACCUAACGGAGAUUCUGAAGAAGAAGGAAGAGAUUGCUGAGACCAGAAAAACUCUUUUCCAUGAAAUCGGUCAAGAAAGAAAAGAAUAUAUGAAGCUCAGUGCUCUGGCUGAAGGCUGCUGUCCUGAGCUCCCCCUGCUCUACCCUGAGGCAGACAUCCACAGCCACAUGAGCUCUGGAGGUCUGGUGGUGAAGAGUCUGGACAGGGACUUGUUUGACGCUGAGCCCAUGAAGGAGCUGAGUGGACGCAGGCCUCUGGUCUGUACUGAGUUCCAGGGACAGAGGGUCAUACUCAAGGGUUACACUGUGAAUGAGGAGGCAGAGGCCAGAGUGUUGGAGAGAACCACCCAGUUUCACAGAACCAGGACUCAGCGGGAGAGUCAGACUGACACUGGAAUGCUCCCUCUUCUGGCACUGUUCUUUGGCAAGUCAGACCCUCUUGCCUAUGUGAUGGUGCCAUACUUCCCCAAUGGAAGUCUCUGGGCUGUUCAGGCUGCCAAACCCCUAACUGCCUCAGAGACUGUAAAGGUGAUGAGAGGCGUGGCCAGGGGCCUCCAGGCCCUCCACGCUGCAGGCGUCACCCAUGCCUCCCUCAACCCCAACAACGUCUUCGUCCUCCACCGACACCAAGGCAUGGUGGGAGACUACGACUUCAUAAAGACUCCUGUACAGAGGGCAGUGGACAGUGGGAUGGUGGCCGGCUCUAUCAGCCUGGUGGCCCCAGAGCUCCGGCAGACACAAGGCACACCUCCUACUCCAGCCUGUGACAUGUACUCCUACGGCUGCCUGCUGUUCUGGCUGAAUGCCCCAGGGUUCAACGGGGAUCUGGAUAGUGGCAGCAGACUGGCCCUGGAUAUCAGCGGAGUGACACUGGAGGACAAACUUCAAGCCCUGCUGUCUAAGCUGCUGGUGUGUGUUGGAAGACUGACUGCUGCUGAGACCCUGGCUGAUGACUACUUCCUGUCUGACCAGUAACCAGGCAACCGGUACAUACUGGGAUAGUUUGGUCGACAGUUUUACUUUAAUACCAGCCUGGGUAACGUCUGUUUAGCUAACAUUCCAAUCCGUGACAUGCCAAAUAUAGUUUACUAUGUCAAGAAGUGGAAUAAUGGCUAAACACACCAGUAUCUAGACUACUUCAAUACUACAAUGUUUUGUUGAAAUUCUAAUAUAAAAGCACAAUAUAUUUGUCAGUCUGCUGAUUUAAAAGCACAGUAUCAUGUUGUUUAACUGUAUUUAUUUUCCUUUUUUAAAUGUUCUGUUCAGUAACUAGGUGAUGUUAGAGUACCCUGUCUUGCAGUUGUCACUUUCUAGAGUAAAUAAAUACACGUUCUGAGAUGGAC